AUGGAUCUGAUAAGUGAGUUGCCUGAAGCGCUGCUCUUGAGAAUAUUGUCGCUGCUGCCUGCGCAAGAUGUUGCGUCCACGAUGCUUUUGUCUAAGCGAUGGCGUUUUCUUUUUACGUCUGUGCCAAGACUUGAAUAUGAUGACAGCUACCAUAGUAUUGAAUACGGAAGAUUUUCCCGCUUCGUAGACGGGUUUUUGUUUCUGCACGAGGCUCCUGCGAUUGUGAUAGAAACUUUGCAUUUCAAACUUGGUAAAACCUGUGGUGCUGAAGAUAUCCGAGUGUGUAUUAGAGCUGCAGAUAAAUGCUGUGUGCGUGAGCUGAUCGUCGAAAUCGACGGUGGUUUGGCGUCUAGUGAAUCUCCACCCAUAGUACUUCCAAGUAGCUUGUACGCAGGGUGUAGAAUGCUUGUGACUUUGAAACUAAGUAAAGUGAUCCUUGAAGAUGUCUCUUCCUCGAUUUCUUUCCCAUCUCUUAAAACUCUGAGCCUUUUAUCUGUGGAGUACCCUGGUGAUGAAUUCGUCAGUAGACUUUUAUCCAGUUGUCAUGUUCUUGAAGUCUUGCAUGUGGAGCAAUGUCCAUCCGACAACGUGACUGUUUUCACCGUAAGAGUGCCUUCUUUAAAGAGUUUGGUCUUGCAUGCAUUAGAUGAUGAUGAUGAUGAUGAUGAUGAUGAUGAUGAUGAUGAUGAUGAUGAUGAUGAUGAUGAUGAUGGGUUUGUGAUAGAUACUCCUUCAUUGGAGUGGUUGGACAUUGUCGAUCACAGGGAAGGGUUUUGCAUCAUUGAGAAUGGUAUGCCUAAGAUUAUGACGGCAAGUUUGGACGUCAUUUAUUCGCAUUCUGGAGAGAUUAUGCGUUCUAUUACUUCUGUCAAGCGUCUCGAUUUAUGUUUAUUAACUUCAGAGGUACUUGUUCUUUACUUGCAUGCUGUUUGUUGUGCCUAG